AUGUCGGAUGAGGACUUUGGAACCGAACAGAUAGGCAGAACUGCUCAGUUUUUAGCAAAAACCAAGCUUAGCUGGCAGAUUUGGAAAGAAACAGAGCCAGAGCUAUUUUGGCUGUUUGAGCGAACAUUUCGAGCUUGGAGAUGUACAGUUAAAUUUACUGGCGAAGAGUGUCUGUAUCUUGUAGAGGUUGAGCUUCCGCAAGAUCAAGCUAAUCGCGUUGAAAAGGCAAUCAAGGACGGUACGUUAGCAAUUGAAAUGGACAAGAUACAUGGCAUUGAUCCGAUUCUACACAAGGGUAAAAAGGAUGUCAAACUUUUCAAAUUUCAAGUUUCAUUGGCACCAGCCCAGCCAGUUAAUGUAGAAAGUCGAAAGACGAUCGAGUCGCUAGAAAAGCGACUGUUGGAACUGGAACUGAAUGAAAGAGCUCGAUCGAUCGAUCUUCGAGUCAUUAUGAGAGAUCUACAGUUUUUCCAGUUGGAAAUGCAUAAAACAAUGGAAGAGCUGCAGAAAAAGGUGGAUGAUGGACUAGUGUCACUUGCUCUCAAGUGCGAUAAGAUGGAGCGAGCAGUGGUGAAAUACAAGCCAGCAUGA